AUGAGACAUACCGCCUGGGGUGACGGAUGUUUAGGUAUUUCUGGAUAUAAUCUAUUUUUUCCUCUCGUGGCUCUCGAUCGUGAACGGUGGAUUCUGUUGAUAGAAUCAGCCAGCAUCUUUUUGGUUGAUCAAAGGAUAAGGCUCGUGUCGGUACGCCCCACAUGCUCCUUUCUGGAUAAGAUCGAAGAUGGAUAG